AUGGAGAAAACCACGGUGCUGAUCACCGGCUGCUCCUCGGGCAUCGGCCUGGCGCUGGCCGUGCGGCUGGCGUCCGACCCUGCCCAGAGGUUUAAAGUGUACGCCACCAUGCGCGACCUGGCCAAGGGCGAGCGGCUGCGGGAGCGCCUGGGCGGCUGCCGCACCGACGCGCUGGAGGUCCUGCAGCUCGACGUCACCGACCCGCGCUCGCUGGCCGAGGCUGCGCACCGGCUGCAGGGGCAGCGGCUGGACGUGCUGGUGUGCAACGCCGGCGUGGGCCUGAUGGGCCCCUUGGAGACCUGCUCCGAGCAGGCCAUGCGGGGCGUCUUCGACGUGAACCUCUUCGGGGUCGUCCGCACCAUCCAGGCCUUCCUGCCCGCCAUGAAGCGCCGCAGGGCCGGGAGGAUCGUGGUCUCCAGCAGCGUCGGGGGGCUGCAAGGGGUGCCCUUCAACGCCGUGUACUGCGCCAGCAAGUUCGCGGUGGAGGGGCUCUGCGAGAGCCUGGCCGUGGUCCUGCAGCCCUUCGACAUCCACGUCACGCUGGUGGAGUGCGGCCCCGUCCGCACCAGCUUCCUGGCCAACCUGCGGCGCCCCGACCCCGAGGGGCCCGAGCUGCGGGGCCUCGACGCCGAGACGCGCGGCCUCUACCGCCGCUACCUGCGGCACUGCCAGGGCCUCUUCCGCGAGGCCGCCCAGGACGUGGAGGAGGUGGUGCAGGUGUUCCUGGAGGCCCUGCACAGCCCCCGCCCGCCGCUGCGCUGCGUCACCACCCAGCGCUUCGCCCCGCUUGCCCGCCUGCGCCUCGACAGCCCCGACGGCUCCGGCUUCCUCCGCGCCGUGCGCGCCUUCGUCUUCGGCGGCGACCAGGCCUAG